AUGUCCCCUCGCGCAGUGCUCCCCUCCCCUCCCCGCUCCCCCUCCAAAGUCCCAACGAGGCGCACGCUCCUCCCAGCAGGGAACCCGUUCUCCCGCGUGCCCCCGCAAUCUACCCGUCUUCGUCAACUUCACUCAACACUCCGCGCGCUCACGGCCCGGAAAGGCAGCCGGGAGGCGUCGUUCGGGCGCGCCCGCCGAACACGGAGGUCGCUCGCCCCGUUCGACACCGCGCCCACGCCCACGCCCACGCCCACGCCCACGCCUCGCUUGAACUUCGGCGGUGCACCCGAGCAGGGAGCACGCCCGGAUCCGGCGGCCUCGUGGCGCGCAUCCGCCGUCAUGCGUGCCUCAGGGGAUCAUACGGUGCGCGCCGCUCGGGAAUAA